ACCAUUUUUGGGAGGAGGACCAAAUCUGCAGGAGAAGCAGCUGUAAUUUUUUGAGUAUUUGAAGAAUUUCUUGAAAAGUCAGUCAUAUUCCAUCGCUUAGGAAGCCAUGAGCCUGUGAAGAACUUAAACUCAGUUUUGCCUUCAUCAUCUAGUUGGUUUUUAAUCGAAACGAUUGCGUAAAUGCGGGGAUGAGGGGAGGGAUGAGGCUGACGGACUGAGCCAGCUUGGUGGCGGCAGGAGGGGUCGGCUCGAAGCACCAGAGAGACGAGCAGCCAGGUUCCUAGAGCGGACGGAGUCGGCGCGCGGUGACUCGGCUGCUGGAGCGGCGCGGGGAGAAACCUUGGAGACUGGGCCCCCAAAUCCCGACGGCAGGAAGCCGGGAUGUGCCGGCCUCCGCUGUCCACUUCGGGUCCGUUAACCCCCAGUUAGACACGCACUUGCCGAGUGCCUGCUGCAUGCCCAGCGGUAAGUGCUGGGGAGAAAUACGUUCUGGGCCUUCCGGAGGCCCUGGAACUGGCAUCGCAGUACAGCUACCUGUGUCUGACAGUAUUGGCUGAAUACCUGAUACACCCCCGACAAGACUCUGUAGAGGCUGUAUGUGGGAACUCCUGGGCCCCAGGGAUUGACCCUACGCCGCACAGCAGCAACCAGAGCCACAGUGGUGAGAAGGCAGGAACUUGAACCCGCUAGGCCAUCAGAGAACUCCCUGGAAAAACAUUUCUGAAGCAUAGACCCCAGCUAAGUGAACCUUUUUUCAGCCUUGAAGCUCAACAUGGAUGAAGCUUUGCCAGGCCCUGCUCCUGAAGAUGGAGUUAGCCUUGUGAAAGUGAAGGAGGAAGAUCCCGCAUGGGAGCAGAUGUGCAGCUCACAGGAGAGCAGUUCUCACACUCUGGAGCUUCGCCGCCUGCUCUUUCGGCAGUUCUGCUACCAGGAGGUAACCAGGCCGCGGGAGGCCCUGGCCAAACUCCGAGAACUUUGCCAUCAGUGGUUGAGGCCAGAGACACACACCAAGGAGCAGAUCCUGGAGCUGCUGGUGCUGGAGCAGUUCCUGACCAUCCUGCCCAAAGAGCUCCAGGCCCGGGUGCAGGCGUAUCCUCUGGAGAGUGGGGAGGAUGCCGUGACAGUGCUGGAGAAUCUAGAGAAAGACACGGGAGACUCGGAACAGCAGGCUUCUGUCUACACUCAGGGACAGGAUAUGCACCUACUGGUGACAGAAUAUCAAGGAGCCUCUCUGGAGUGUCAGAGCCCCCUGCUCCUGCCUGGGGUAACCACCUUGAAGUGUGAACCUCCAGAGCUCACGCAAGAAGUGAGUGGGCCUGCCCACCAGGGACCAGCCCUGCUCCAGGAGGAGAAUCCCAGAGACCAGGCCGCAGUACCUGAGCUGAACUCAGCCAGGUCCCAGACAUCAGUGAAGACUGAGGAAGAAGCAGCCCAGGCUCUUGUCCCAGGAGAGUGGCCACAUCUGAAUCUGGCUCAAAGGAAUCUCCAUGGGAACUCAGCUCGGGAGAAGGUUACAAAUCUGAGUCUGAUGACUGAAGAAGUAGUAACUAAAGAUGGAUUGUUUAACCCAAAGCAAGAAACUUCUGAAGAAAUGGAACCAGGUGCUGAGGCCUCAGGAAUAGCCAACAGAGAUUGCACACCCCAGGCCCCUUGUGGAAUUUCUGUCCCUGUUGAAAGGACAGUUGUGCGUUUGAACACUCUGAAGGACCGUCACCCAGGCGACUUGUGGGCUCGGAUGCACGUCUCAUCCUUGGAAUAUGCUGCAGGAGACAUUACUCGAAAAGGGAGAAAAAAAGACAAAGCUCGAGUGAGUGAACUACUCCAAGGCCUCGCAUUUUCUGGUGACUCAGAUGUGGAAGAGGAUAAUGAGCCAGAAACCCAGCCUGCCUCCAAACGGCUAAAAGUGUCAAGUGUCCCAGAGAAGAACUGGACCAAAAGAGACAUUAAACCCAACUUUCCAAGCUGGUCAGCCCUGGAUUCUGGACUUUUGAAUCUCAAGAGUGAAAAGUUGAACCCAGUAGAGCUCUUUGAGUUAUUUUUUGAUGAUGAAACAUUCAACUUGAUUGUCAGUGAAACUAAUAAUUAUGCUUCUCAGAAAAAUGUCAACUUGGAAGUCACAGUUCAGGAAAUAAGGUGUGUGUUUGGUGUCCUGCUUUUGAGUGGACUUGUGAGGCGUCCUCAACGGGGAAUGUAUUGGGAAAUGUCUGAUGUCGAUCAGAACCUGGUUAAAGAUGCAAUCAGAAGGGACAGAUUUGAAUUGAUUUUCUCAUACCUGCAUUUUGCAGAUAAUAGCCACCUAGAUCAAAAAGAUAAAUUUACAAAAUUGAGGCCUCUCAUAAAGCAAAUGAAUAAAAAUUUUCUUUUGUAUGCUCCCCUCGAAGAAUACUAUUGUUUUGACAAGACAAUGUGUGAGUGCUUUGAUAGUGACCAAUUGCUGAAUGGAAAACCUAUUAAAAUUGGCUAUAAAAUUUGGUGUGGUACAACCACACAGGGUUAUCUAGUUUGGUUUGAGCCCUAUCAAGAAGAAUUAACUAUGAUGGCAGGUAAGGAUCUUGAUCUUGGUUUAGGUGGAAAUCUAGUGAUGAAUUUCGCUGAUGUUCUUUUAGAGAGAGGUCAAUAUCCCUAUCACCUGUGUUUUGAUAGCUUCUUUACAAGUGUCAAAUUGAUGUCAGCCUUGAAGAAGAAAGGAGUGAGAGCAACAGGAACAAUUCGUGAGAACAGGACUGAAAAAUGUCCCCUUAUGAAUGCAGAACAUAUGAAAAAAAUGAAGAAGGGGUAUUUUGAUUUCCGAGUAGAAGAAAAUGAUGAGAUAAUUUUGUGUCGUUGGCAUGGUGAAGGUGUUAUCAGUCUGUGCUCCAACGCUGUUGGCAUAGAGCCAGUCAAUGAGAUAUGUUGUUUUGCUGAUGACGAGGAGAUCCCUGAGAUAAGUCAACCAUCUAUAGUGAAACUGUAUGAUGAAUGCAGGGAAGGCAUAGCGAAAAUGGAACAGAUCAUUUCCAAGUAUAGGGUGAGAAUAAGAAGCAAAAAGUGGUACUCAGUUUUGGUAAGCUACAUGAUUGAUGUAGCCAUGAGCAAUGCAUGGCACCUACACAAAGCCUGUAACCCAGGUGCCUCUCUAGACCUUGGGGAUUUUCAGAGAUGUGUGGCACGUUUCUACUUGGAGCACAAUGCAAAUAUAUCAGAUGAAGGCAGGUAAAACAUCCACAAUGGAAACAUUAAUAAAACAGAAAAAUCACAACACAUCAGAUUGUACCCAAAGCAAACGUAAUGUAUGUAAGUGUACAAGGAAAUUAUAAAGUAAUAUUUUUAAAAUUUUAUGUAGAGUUUAAAAAACUUACAACAAGUAAUGUUAAAAAUGAUCUAUAAAAAUAUUGAAGUCCAUUGGUAACUUUAUCUUUGAUGUUAAAUAUUGGGAAAUUACUUGAAUUGAUUGGUUACUUUGUGCACUUAGAGAACAAAACCCUGCCUCUUCCCCCACCCCUGGUGGUUUUCUCUGGGGAAUGCCCUAUUAUUUUAUUUUUGGCUGCACCUGCAACUAUAUGGAAGGUCCUAGGCCAGGGGUCAAACAUAUGCCACAGCAACCCAAGCUGCUGUAGUGACAAUGCUGGAUCCUUAACCUGCAGGUAAAGAUACCACCAAGGGAAGAAAAAAAAUUACAGACCAACAUCACUGAUGAAUAUAGAUGCAAAAAUCCUCAACAGAAUAUUAGCAAACUGAGGCCAACAAUUGAUUAACAGGAUCAAGUGGGAUUUGUUCCAGGGAUGCCAUCUAUUUUUCAGUAUCUGCAAAUGAAUGUGAUACACACCACAUUAACAGACAAGAAUAAAAACCAGAUGAUCUCAAUAGAUGCAGAAAAAGCUUUUAACAAAAUCCAACAACUAUUUAUGAUAAAAACCAUCCAGGAAGUGGGCAUGGAGGGAACCUACCUCCACAUAUAAUAAAACCCAUAUAUGACACACCCACAGCUAAUAUUUUCAACAGUGAAAAGCUGAAAGAAUUUCUGCUAAUAUCAGGAAUAAGACAAGGAUGUCCACUCUCACCACUUUUAUUCAACAUUGUUUUGGAAGUCCUAGCCAUGGCAAUGAAAAAGGAAAAGGAAUCCAACUAGGAAAAGAAGUAAAACCUUUGCUGUUUGCAGAUGACAUGUUAUUAUGCAUAUAAAAUACUAAAGAUGCUGUCAGAAAACUGCUGGAGCUCAAUGAAUUGGGCAAAGUUGCAGGAUACAAAAUUAAUAUACAGAAAUAGCUCACAUUCCUAUACACUAACAACAAAAGAUCAGAAAGAGAUUAACAAUCCCAUUCAUCAUCACAUCAAAAAGAAUAAAAUACCUACCUAAGGAGGCAAAAGGAUCUGUAUGCUGAAAACUAAGACACUGUUGAAAGAAAUCAAAGAUGAUACAAACAGAUGGAAAGAUAUACCAUGUUCUUGAAUUGGAAGAAUCAGUAUUGUCAAGAUGACUGUACUUACUACCCAAGGCAAUCUACAGAUGCAGUGUAAUUCCCAUCAAAUUACCAAUGACAUUUUUCACAGAACUAAGAACAAAUAUGUUUUAAGUUUGUAAGGAAAUGCUAAAGACCCCAAAUAGCCAAAGCAAUCCUGAGAAAGAAAAACAGACUUGGAGGAAUCAGGUUCUCUCACUUCAGAUUAUACUACAAAGCUACAGACAUCAAAACUUUAUAUUACUGGCAAAAGAAAAAAUAGAAAUAUAGAUCAAUAGAAUAGGAUAGAAAGCCCAGAAAUAAACCUACAUACCUAUGGUCAGUCAGUGACAAAGGAGGCAAGAAUAUACAAUGGAGAAGAGAUGGUGCUUCAAUAACUGGUUACUGGGAAAACUGGACAACUACAUGUAAAAGGAUGAAAUUAAAACAUUCUCUAACACCAUGCACAAAAAUAAAAUGGGAUUAAAGACCUAAAUAUAAGACUGGAUACUAUAAAACUCUUAGAGGAAAGCAUAAGCAGAACACUCUUUGGUGUAAAUCACAGCAAUACCUUUUGGAUCCACCUCCCAGAGUAAUGAAAAUAAAAGUAAACAAAUAGGACCUAAUUAAACUUAAAAGCUUUUGUACAGCAAAGGAAACCAUAAACAAAAUGAAAAGACAACCCACAGAAUGAGAAAAUACUUGCAAACAAAGCAACUGACCAUGGAUUAAUCUCCAAACAACUUUAGAUUUAAAAACAAAAGGCAGUCUAAAAAUGGUCAGAAGAUCUAAAUAGACUUUUCUUCAAAGAAGACAUACAAAUGGCAAAAAAGGAAAACAUGAAAAGAUGCUCAAUAUCACCAUUAGAGAAAUGCAGAUCAAAACAACAACGAGGUAUCACCUCACACCAGUCAGAAUGGUAGUCAUCAAAGUUUAUAAACAGGAGUUCCUGUUGUGGCUCAGCAGGUAACAAACCUGACUAGUAUCCAUGAGGUUAUGGGUUCAAUCCCUGGCCUCACUCAGUGGGUUAGGGAUACAGCAUUGCCUUGAGCUAUGGUGUAGACUGCAGUUUGGAUCUGGUGUUGCUGUGGCAUAGGCUGGCAGCUGCAGCUCUGAUUCAACCCAUGGCCUGGGAACUUCCAUAUGCUGCGGUUGUAGCCCUUCUACACCAUUGGUGGGAAUGUUAAUUUGAUGUAGCCACUAAACAUAGGAAAAAACUAACAGUUACAUGAUCCAGCAAUCCCACUCCUGGGCCUGUACUUGGAGAAAACCAUUAAUUAGAAAAAGUACAUUCAACCCAGUGUUUGUCACAGCACUAUUUACAACAGCCAAGAUACGGAAGCAACCUAAAUGUCCAUCGACCCAGGAUUGGAUAAAAAAGAUGUGGUACAUACGUACAAUGAAAUAUUUGGCCAUACAAAGAGUAAAGCCAUUUUUAGCACCAUGGAUGGACCGAAGAAAUUUUCAUACUAAGUGAGGUAAGCCAGACAAAGACAUCUCAUUUGAUAUCACUUAGAUGUGGAAUCUUAAAAACACAAAAAUAUUACAAAAUAGAAACAGACCCAGACUUCAAAAACAAACUUAUGGGAGUUCCCACUGUGGUUCAAAGCAUUAAGAAUCCGACUAGUAGGAGUUCCCGUUGUGACACAGUGGAAAUGAAGCUGACUAGGAACCAAGAGGUUGCAAGUUUGAUCCCUGGCCUUGCUCAGUGGGUUAAGAAUCCGGCGUUGCCAUGAGCUGUGGUGUUGGUCGCAGAUGCGGCUCAGGUCUGGUGGUGUGGCGUAGGCCCGUCGCUACAGCUCUGAUUGGACCCCUAGCCUGAGAACCUCCAUAUGCCUCAAGAGCAGCCCUAAAAAUACAAAAAAAUAAAAGAAUCCGACUAUUAUCCAUGAGGACCUGGGUUCAAUCCCUGGCCUUGCUCAGUGUGUUAAGAAUUGAGUGUUGCUGGAGUUCCUGUCGUGGCGCAGUGGUUAACGAAUCCGAGUAGGAACCAUGAGGUUGCGGGUUCGGUCCCUGCCCUUGCUCAGUGGGUUAACGACCUGGCGUUGCCGUGAGCUGUGGUGUAGGUUGCAGACGCGGCUCGGAUCCCGCGUUGCUGUGGCUCUGGCGUAGGCCGGUGGCUAUAGCUCCGAUUAGACCCCUAGCCUGGGAACCUCCAUAUGCCGCGGGAGCGGCCCAAGAAAUAGCAAAAAAAAAAAAAGAAUUGGGUGUUGCCAUGAGCUGCAAUAUAGAUUGAAUCUGGCAUUACUGUGGCUGUAGUGAGGCUGGCAGCUGAAGCUCUGAUUUGACCUCUAGCCUGGGAACUUCCAUAUGCCAUGGAUGUGGCCCUAAAAAGAGAAACAAAAUUAUGGUUCCCAAAGGGGAAGGGAGGCAGGCAAGGAUGGAUUGGGGAUUUGAGAUUGGCAUGUGCUCACUAGUGUAUAUGGCAUGGAUAGUCAAUGGGACCUACUGUGUAGCACAGGAAACUCUACCCAAUGUUCUGUGGUAACCUUUAUGGGAAAAGAAUCUGAAAAAGAACGGAUAUGUAUGUUAUAAUCACUUUGUUGUACAGCAGAAAUGAUCACAACAUUGUAAAUGAACUAUAUUUCAAUAAAACUUUAAAAAUGGAAUAACCAAAUGCAGGCAGAAUUUAAUGCUAUUCCCAUAAAAUUACUAAUGAAGUUUUUCAUGGAACUAGAACAAAUAAUCCUAGGUUUUAUGUGGAACCAUAAAACACCCAGAAUUGCCAAAGCAAUCCU